AACCUCUUUGAGAGAAGCUGUGAAGUUCUGGCCUCAGUUCUCAGCUCUCAGUCCUCUAAUCUGAGAGAGAUGGACCUGAGUAACAACAAGCUGCAGGAUUCUGGAGUGGAGAAGCUGUCUUCUGGACUGAAGAGUCCAAAGUGCAAACUGGAAACUCUCAGACUUAGAUCCUGUAACCUCUCAGGGAGAAGUUGUGAAGUUCUGUCAUCAGUUCUGAGGUCCAAGUCCUGCUAUCUGAGAGAGGUUGACCUGCAGAACAACAACCUCCAAGAUUUAGGGGAGAAGUUUCUGUCUGGUUCAGACUGGACACUGGAAAUAUUCAGGGACCCUGAUGGAGUCCGAUGGUUGAAACCAGGUCUGAGGAAGUAUUCCUGUCAGCUUACAAUCGACACAAACACAGUGAACAGAAACCUGAAACUGUCUGAAGACAACAGGAAGGUGACAUGUGUGGAGGAUCUUAUUACAUAUCCUGACCAUCAAGACAGAUUUGAAUACUGGCCUCAGCUGCUGUGUAGUGAUUAUCUGACUGGUCGCUGUUACUGGGAGGUGGAGUGGAGCGGACAUGUUAAUAUAUCAGUGAGUUACAGAAGAAUCAGGAGGAAAGGAGGCAGUUACGACUCUUGGUUUGGAUAUAAUGAUCAUUCCUGGAGUCUGGACUGCUCUGAUUAUAAAGGUUACUAUGUAUGGCACAAUAAAAACAAAACACAAAUCUCCUCUUCCUCCUCUGUCUCUAACAGAGUAGCAGUGUAUGUGGACUGUCCUGCUGGCAUUCUGUCCUUCUACAGAGUCUCCUCUAACUCACUGAUCCACCUCUUCACCUUCAACACCACAUUCACUGAACCUCUUUAUGCUGGAUUCUGGAUCCGUUCCGGUUCCUCAGUGUUUCUCUGUUGAGUCUAAAUAGUCUCCUCCUGUCAGAGAAACUCUCCCACAGUAGAACAGAUAGUUUGGUCUCUCCAUGUCUGUCUCUUUCACUCAGAAACAUUUUCACAUUCAGUCGGUUUCUUUCUGAAACUCCUGGAAAAGAUUCCUUGUAAACUUUGUCCUCUUCCAGUCCUUUAAAGAUGGAAGCUGGGAUUAUUCCAGGAUCCAAAGGUUUGGUUCUGUUUCCACUCAAACCUUCAUUUAGGGUUUUUCCACCAAUGAGCUUCCAGUGCUAUACCAAGGCUGCUGCUGGAGCUGGUUUUAUUCUGGUUCUGUUCUGGUUCUUUCCGUCUCUUCCAGUAAAUGUUUGAUCCUGGCUC